AUGAAUGAAAACAAGAGAACAGCAUUAUUAGAAAAAAAAAAUGAAGAAAUUUCAACUAUUUUAAAUAAAAAUAUUUUAUUUAAAUGUAAUAAUACUAAUGAUUUGAAAGAAACCUUUGUAAAUAUAAAAACAGAUUACAGUUUAGAAAGUGAAAAAGAAAAAAGCAAUAUUUCUUUAUUUAACGUUUUUAAAAAAAAAUUAAAAGAGGAAAGAUACUUUAGUAGAUUUUUGAUUAUUUUUAAAAUUUCAAAUGAUAUAAAUGAAAAAAAAUAUAUUAAUGAAACACUAAAUUUUAUACUAAAAGAAAAUUAUAAAUUAAUUACAGGAAUUAGUCUUUUUGUAAAUAUAUAUUCUAUUAUGUUAUUAGAAUGUAUUGAUUCUAAAUAUAUAUUUUCUUUUUUAAAAAAUUUAAAUAACAUAAAAUAUAUCUCUGAUAUUGAAAUUUUGUAUUUUAAUGAAUUAAAUAAACAAAAUAUAAAUGAUAGUUUUAAUUUUUACGAGUACAAUAAAGAAGAACCAAAAUCUAUUUGUUCAAAUGAAUGUAAUUAUAUUGAUGAAGUGUGGGAAUUAUACAUAAAUAUUUUAAAUCUAUGUUGCCACAUAAAAAAUAAUAAAGAUAAGCAAAAUAUUUUUGAUCAAAAUGAUAAUAUUAAAAAAAAUUUCUCUUUACUUGAAAAUUUUUUUCAUGAAAAUGCAAAACAAUAUAUAUGGAAUUUAAAAGAUUUCAUAUCUUUUUUUGUUGAAGAUUUUAAAUUACCAAUUGAUGAUUUUUCUGAUGACUUCUUAGAUUUCUAA